AUGUUUAGUUUGGAAGAAUUAGAGAAGGUUCAAUUGAUUAUUUGCUGUAUUUUAGCUAUUUUUGCCGAAAUUCUCUAUAUAAUGACUUGUUCUUCUAUUCAUUCAAAAAUUUCAAUUCUUGAUUCGAAAUCACAUUUAAAAUUUACAGAAUUUAAGCACAAAGUACCAUCAUACAACUAUACAAACGCGUGGUACAAGAAUCAGUAUAGUAACUACUUUACUUACAGAGAUUAUUCUAAAUGUCCAUCAUGUAACUAUCCAAAUAGAACAACUUCUCCUAUAAAGAGCACUCCUUCAGAUGUAAUCCUUGUUUAUGCAAUCAAAGGAGUAAAAAAUUUGAUUUUGUUUAUUCGAACUCUCAGACACACUGGAAGUCAAGCAUCUGUAUUCCUUUUUGUUGACACCGAGGCAUAUAACACAAUAAAUGCAGAAACAAAAGAAGUUUUAGAUAAAUGCGGAAUGAAUAUUAUAGAUAUGGGAAAAUUCCCUGAAUUCGAUAUUUUCUCCGCAUUUUCAAUGGGAUUUGUUGCGAUGCACAACUUCCUGCUCUCAAAUCAGAAGUAUAUAAGAAAUGUCUUAAUUGUUGACUUAUAUGACAUAAUUUUUCAGAGUGAUCCAUUCACUCAUUCCGGCCAUAUGGAGAAACUUGAAUUUGUAUCGCAAAUGAACUUUUAUAACAGUAGUGAUACAGAUAGAGAAUGGAUUUCGUUUUAUAGAGACUUUGAUCCGAAAUGGAAUGAUUCCCUUAUCAUUAAUAGUGGCCAACUUAUUGGUUCUUGCUAUAAUGUUCUCCAGUUUUUAGAUCUUUACUUAGAAUUUUUUGAUCCAAGUGAUUACUAUAGCGUUCGGACAACGGAUCAAGCGUUUUUCAAUCUUUUGUUCCUCACCAAAAAGAUUGAUGAAAGGAAAAUACCUUAUAUCAUAUAUAAAUACGAUGCAUACUCAAGAAUCAUCGUUACUUUGGGCCUUGAGCCUAGAGAGAGAAAGUUAGGAUAUGUUAGGAAGUAUAAAAUGAAAGAAUAUGUCCCAAUUAUCCAUCAAUAUUACAAAGUUCCAGAUUUAAUUUACAGUAUAUUAGAUUCUUGCAAAAGAGAAACGAAUAGAUGGAUUAACUACACUAGUGGAUUCACAGAUGAGGAUAUAGAAACAUAUGAAAAAGGAAUUCGAUUAUAUAUAUAA